AUGUCCACCACAACCACAACCACAACCACAACCACCGCCGCCGCCUCCGCAUCCUGCGCCGCGCAACUGUACAACAUCCCCGUCCACGACGCCGCCUGCGCAAUGCCCAUGAACUCCACCUACCACACCCUCAUGACCUCCUGCUGCGGCUCUGCGAGUGUCGUCGCCUACGCCGACUGCGACUACUACUGUCUCGCGCAAGACGAAAACGUCGGCGAUCUCGCCGAGUGUCUGAUCAAGGGCUCGGCAGCUGGCCAGGUGUGGUGUAAUACCAAUGCGAAUGCUACUGCUACCGGUACUGCGACGCCGACCUCCACUGCGACUGGGAAUGGCACUUCGAGUGUUGGUGAUGAUAGUGCCAGUGCGACCGGGGAUGCAGCGGAUCCGACUGGGACUAAUGGGGCGAGGCCUCUUGCUGUGGGGGUUGAUGCUAAGGGGGCGAUGGUGCUGGCGCUUUUGGCUCUGGGGGUGGGGGUUGUUGCGCCGGGGCUUGCUUUCUUUUGA